UUGUAUAUGUUUCAUGAUAAAUAACUAAUUUUUAUUAUAUUUAAUUUAUACUGGUCAAAAUAUUUACUAUGGAAACGAUAAUUCAUGCAACGACGUAAUAAACAAAAGAUUUUAUCGUCACUCGAGUUGAAAAAUUCGUAAGUUUUAACGUUUAAAACAACAUCUCUGUGUUUUUGACUAUAAAAAUUUUUCUGAAUAUUUUCAAUUCAUCACCUACGGAGCCUAAAAGGUUACAACACUUUGUCUUUGUGAAAAUGUUGAUCCAAAAAGACCAUUUUUAUUUAUUAGUAUUAUCGUUCGUAGUAUAUUUUUGUACUUCGAACUUGUACAUUAAAGCUUUCAUUUUUGUAUGCGUGUUUUUGGAAGCUUUGCCAGACCCACUACAAAAUUCUCAAGUAAGUAAAUCAGUCAGACGAAAAAAACUUACACUAAAAAAGUUAGAACCUGUAUCGUUGCCAGAGGAUCACGAAAAUCAAUUAUCCGGAGAAAAACUCACUUUGAAUUCGUGUCCCACAACAUUACCGUCGACUUGUACGUCGAAAAUUAGCUCACCACCACUUCCAUCAGUCAACACAGAACAUCAUGCACCAGCUCCUGUGCCAAUAAUGUCUCCUCCAUCGAUACCGUCCUCUAUUCCAACACCUCCCUCAAUGAUAUCAGGAUGUACAUCUACAAGUCGCACAUCCUCAAUAAAACCCACGGUCGUUAAAACAAAAACAAUCAACUGGACUAAAGUUAACAACCAAAAUAUUGAAAAUUCUUUGUGGUCGACGUUGGAACCUCUGCAUCUUGCAAUUGAAUGUCAAGAUAUUGUAGAGUUGUUUGGUGAAAAACCGCGUUCCAAUACUUCGCCUAUUCAAAACGCUAAACUUAAAUCUACUACGACCAACGUUUUAGACUCUAAGAGAAGUCUCGCGAUUAACAUAAUGUUAAAACAAUUAAAAUCAAAGCCUGAAGAAUUUUUCAAGUGUUUAGAGGAUGGAAGUAUGAUUGCUAUUGAAAAAUUAGAAGCGGUAAAAAGAAUAUUGCCCAUAAGCGCUGACUUAAAGGCUAUUGAAAAAUUCAGCGGAGACAUUAUGACACUUGGCAAGGCGGAACAGUUUUGUGUUAAGCUUAACGAAAUUCCGUAUUAUCAAUUGAAAAUCGACCUUACGAUGUUAAAGGAAGAGUGGCCUUUCAUAUAUUCGGAAUCUCUUGAGACAUUAAAAAAUUAUCAACAAACCUGUUCCACAUUAAUUAAUGACAAAUCGUUGACACAAUUUUUGUCCGUUGUAUUACAUUUAGGCAAUAAAUUGAACGCAGGAAGUUAUGCUGGUGAAGCAAACGGUUUCACGUUGGGUAGUUUGCCUAAACUGAUAGGUACUCGGUCUAACAAGCCAAAUGUUACCUUCGUCCACUUGGCUGUAGAAAUGGCUGAAAAAUGUACAAAUAAUACUUUUAGUUUUUUGAAUUUGCGUUCAUCAUUGAACAAACUGUCAAAAACUUCAUUUGAAUGUUUGGAAGCUGAGCUUCGUAAUCGUUCUCGCCAUAUAAAAAACUUUAAAUCUACACUGGCACAAGAGAACUAUUCUCAAGUUAUUAAAAAACAUCUAAUAGAGUUUAUCUGUCAAGCAGAUAAGGAUAUUGAUGUACUUAAUGAUAAUUUUAAAACAACGGUAGAUCUUAUAACAAAUUUAGCUUCUCAUUUUGGCGAGAACACGAAAUCUUUUAAUGUGGAAGAAUGUUUCUCUAUACUCGAUAAAUUUUUUGAACAAAUUCAUAUUAUUAUUAAAGAAAAUGAAAACAAAAAAGCUCAUACUGAAUCAAAUGUUAACAAUGAUGAAAAGAACGGUAUUGCAUGCAAGUCUGUUGAUACCAAUUUUAAUAAAAAUACACAUUCCAGAUUCGAGGACAAGCAACUUAGUAAUAGAGAAUUGCUUAUGAACCAAAUUAAAAAAGGUUCUUUUUCGUUAAAAAGCAUUCAUUGAAUCAAUCCCUACUUAUGAAAAAUGUAAUUUGAACAUUUUUUUCCUGUAUAAUUUAUAUAUUUAUUUUCCUGAUUGAAUAUUUCACUUAUUACGAUGUAAUUUUUUUUUUUUUUUUAAAUAUUUAUUAUGCACUCGUGUAUUUUAUUUUUCUAUUUUGGUUUUUACUCAAUUUGCCUUAUACUUAUGAAUGUUUUAUGUAUAUUUUUGUAUUGCGAAUAAAAAAAAUUAUUGUUAAUAUUUUGGUUGCAAUUAAUGAAAUACUGUGUCUUUCAAAUCUAUAUCAAAUUUAACUUUUUACUGUGAGUAACAAUAUUAAAAAAAUUCUCUCGUCGAGUUAAAAUUAUGCAUACAUUAUAGUAAUAAUUAAACGAAAAAAAAGAGGUUUAAACCCUGACAACCGCCACUAUUGAACGCACAGAACUGAAAAAAGUCAAAAAUUACUAAUCUUAAAAUUAAUGAUGGGAAUUUUGGAACUGUAUUUAUACAAUCGAAUAGUUUAUUUUUAGCAUGAACUAUUCGAAUAUAUUGUGUAACUAUCAAAUAUUUUUACUAUUCAAAUAUUUUUUGAAUGACUAUCAAAUAGUUCGAUAGUUACUAUUCGA